UUGGGGUCGAUAACCGUCGGCAAAUAUGCGGAUUUUGUAGUAAUCGAUCGUGAUAUAAUGAACAUCCCAGAACAAGAAAUAAUUAACACAGCUGUAUUAACAACUGUAUUCGGUGGUCAG